AGAGAGGGAAGGGGGAGGCGACGAAAGAGAAGAAACACUCCAAACUGAAAGCACUCAGCAAGCAGACGAGGACGAGAAGUCACCAAAGCCGUGCACAUGAGCGCACCGUGGUCCAGGAAAGAGCCUGAAAAACCUGACCUAAGGUCCAGCAACCGGCCCAAAAUGGACAAGCCAGAGAAGCCAAAGAGGCCAGAGGUGUCCAGCUUAGUGGCCAAAGGUCCAGCGCAACGUCUGAGCCGGGAUUUGACCUGCUCCAUCUGUCUGGACCUGUUUAAGCAGCCUGUAUCUCUGCCCUGUGACCACACUUUCUGCCAGGCAUGCAUUACAGGCUACUGGACCGGCCCCAGGACCCCAGGGCAGCCCGGAUCUGGAUCCUGCCCGCAGUGCCGGAAAAUCUUCCCUGGACAGACCUACAGGCCUAACCGCAUCGUGGCUAACAUUGUGGAGAGCUACUGCCAGGGCCUGGAGGAAAGUGGUGGCCGGCUGGACGUGGUGACCCCCGUGCCUUCGGUAACCCCUGUGACCCUUGUGCCCCGCUGCAGCCGACAUUGCGAGGAGCUGAAGCUCUACUGCGAGGAAGACCAGGAGCUGGUGUGUCUUGUCUGCGGGAUCUCCCAGGAACACCGCGCUCACACGCUGGUCUGUGUGCAGGAUGCACAGCAGAAAUACAGAAACUCUCUGAACAGCUCAGCCACGGCGCUGCAGGCGGAGCUGAACACGGCGCUGCAGUGUGAGAGAGAGACGGAGGACGAGGUGAAGAAGUUGAAGGAGCACACUGCGGACCUAAAGCAGCGAAUCGAGGCUCAGUUCAGCGACCUGCACCAGUUCCUGUAUCAGGAGGAGAAGCUGCUGCAGGUGAAGCUGAAGACGGAGGAGAGGAGGGAGCUGAUCCGGCUGGACGAACACAAAGCGCUGCUGUGUGUGGAAAUAUCCCGCCUCCGCAGAGCCCUCGCUGAUAUAGAGGACAAACUGAGAGAGCAGGACCCGUACACGCUGCUCAGGAACAUAAAGAGUCUCCUUCAAAGGCAGCCACUGAAGUUUGAGAAGCCGGCGCUGACCCCCCCUCAGCUGUGCGAGGGCCGAUUUGCCGGCCCGCUGCAAUACCGUGUGUGGAAAUCCUUGAAAGGAAGCAUCUACCCAGUGCCGUCCGCCAUAACCUUUAACUCGAGCACGGCCAACCCGUGGCUGAGUCUGACCCCGUCUCUGACCUGCGUCCGCUACCAGACGUUCAACAGCGCGGUGCAGGACAACCCUCAGCGUUUCAACGCAGCGCUGUCUCUGCUGGGCAGCCAGGGCUUCACUCACGGCCGCCACUACUGGGAGAUCGAGGUGUACAGCAGCGCCGUGUGGACAGUGGGCGUGGCCAGAGAGUCCGUACCCAGGAAAGGAGUCAUCAAAGCCAUGCCGGCCAACGGCUUCUGGACCAUCUCUUUGUCCUACGGCGUCCAGUACAUGGCAGGGACGUCGCCCCCUACUGUCCUGUCCCUGGACGAGCAGCUGGACCGGAUCGGCGUGUAUCUGGACUACAGGAGAGGCCUGGUGUCCUUCUACAACGCUGAGAGCAUGACACACCUCUACACAUUCCAGGACACUUUCACUGAGACCCUCUACCCGUACUUCAACCUGGGCUUCUUGGACAAAGUGCACGAGAACGAGCCUCUGAAAGUCUUCAUGCCCAAAAUCUGAAUCUAAUACUACACACACAUUCAGGGACACCUUAGCAUCUUUUACAACUGAUUGAGUUGAUUUUGACUAUUGCUGAUCAGUUAAGGAAGAACAACAGGGUUGUGCUACUACACUGAAACAAGUAAUACAUUGAAUACACAUAUUCAGUACUGCAAAAGUCUUAGACACUUAAAAAAAUGAUAUAUGAUAUAUUAUAUAUAUUACAUAUUAUAUUAAAAAAGUUAUUUAUCUGGGCUGUAAGUGUUCAUUUGCUCAUAAAAACACUAAUAUUUGAAUAAAUACAAGUAAAACAAGUGAUAUUAACACAAUAAGUGUUAAUCUUCUAACCUACAUAUUCAUAACUUUUUUUAAAAAUAACAUAAUAAUGUAUAUAAUAAUGUUAUAUAAUCAAAC